AUGAAGUUUACGGGAUUGACAAGUGUUUCCAUUGUUGCACUUCUUUUGACCAAAAUUUGUGCUAAUACAGUAAUAGUGAAAAAUUCUUUGGGGAAAGAGUUUAAAGUUUUGAUUGCAAGAGCUGAAGAAGGACACGAUCAUGAACAUGAACACGAACACAGUACUUCGAAUACCACUGUAACAGGCUGCCACAUGCAUGGAGAUACACAAUAUUGUAUCGACUGGGAAGGUGAAGAGGGUUACAUCAAACCGAAGCAGGAAAACCCACAAUCAAACUAUACUGGAUGCCAUUUGCACGGUACUGAAGUCCAUUGUAAAAACGGUGACGAAGAAUUACAAUUUGUCAAAGUUGACGAGGAAGAUGAGGAAGAUCAUGAACAUGAACACGGACACGAACACAGUACUUCGAAUACCACUGUAACAGGCUGCCACAUGCAUGGAGAUACACAAUAUUGUAUCGACUGGGAAGGUGAAGAGGGUUACAUCAAACCGAAGCAGGAAAACCCACAAUCAAACUAUACUGGAUGUCAUUUGCACGGUACUGAAGUCCAUUGUAAAAACGGUGACGAAGAAUUACAAUUUGUCAAAUUAGAUGAGUCAUCUGAAGCAAGCUCCACCACCUCCGAGUCAAGCUCUACAUCUGGUGUAUCGUGUCACUUCCAUGCAGGAGUUGAACAUUGCGUUGAUUCGAAUGGAAAUACUGUACAUGGUGCCAAUGGAGACACUUGUGAAAGAAUAGAUAGGGAUUACGACAUUCCAUUAAGAAUUGGACUUUUAUUUGUUAUAUUGGUCACAAGUGCAAUUGGAUCCUUUGGCCCAUUGGUCUUACGUUCAUUCUUUAAAAUAUCUUCAGAAAAUAUGAUCAUCACUAUUGUCAAGCAGUUUGGUACAGGUGUUGUUAUUUCCACUGCGUUGGUUCAUUUAAUGACCCAUGCAUUUUUAAUGUGGUCUAACGAAUGUAUUCAUUUGGCGUAUGAAGGAACUGGCGCUGCAAUAACAAUGGCAGGUAUUUUUAUUGCAUUUGUCGUCGAAUACGUCGCUUAUCGCUUUUUGUCUUACAGGUUGAAUAAACUUCCAGGUGCUAAGGAAAAUUCAUCUGAAGAUGAUGGUGGAAUGAAUGUUGCUACUAAAACCGUAUCGGAUGAAGAAGAAACCAUGUCACUCCACGGGUCUUACAAAGCAAUGCAUGACAAACUUUCUGUUGUCAUUCUUGAAGCAGGAAUUGUCUUCCACUCAAUCUUAAUUGGUAUUACAUUGGUUGUUGCUGCUGAUUCAUACUUUAUCACUUUAUUCAUUGUCAUUGUAUUUCAUCAGUUUUUUGAAGGAUUGGCAUUGGGUUCAAGAAUUAUAGAGUUGAAGGAUUCUAUAUGGUCGAAAAUUCUCAUGGCAGCCGUUUUUGCAAUCAUAACUCCCGUAGGUAUGGCUAUUGGUAUUGGUACACUUCACAAAUUUAAUGGUAACGACCCAUCCACUAUCAUUGCAUUGGGUACGUUAGAUUCUUUUUCGGCAGGUGUUUUAUUAUGGACUGGUUUGAUUGAAAUGUGGGCUCAUGACUGGCUAUUUGGAAACUUGCGUCAUGCUGGAAUGGUUCAUACUUCGUUGGCUAUGGUUGCGUUAAUUGGUGGUUUAAUACUUAUGAGUUUAUUAGGAAAGUGGGCUUAG